AGAGCGCGCGCCCAAGGGAACCGGAGCUUUACUUCCUCCAGCGGCGGCGCGAGCGCGGUGGAGCCCGAGCCCCGAGCGGCCUGACCCGCGCCCCCGGCCCCGGCCCCGCGCCCGCCUCGCCUCGCCCGGCGCGCCCCGACGACCCCCAAGGACCCCCGAAUCGCCGCCCCGACCGACCCACCGAGCGCGCGCGCCCGCCUGGCCCCAAGCGGCGCGAUGAAUGAUUUUGGACUCAAGAACAUGGACCAGGUGGCUCCGGUGGCCAACAGCUACCGGGGGACCCUCAAGCGCCAGCCCGCUUUCGACACCUACGACGGCUCCCUGUUCACGCUCUUCCCCUCGCUGAGCGAGGAGCAGGCCCUGCAGGAGGUGCCCACGGGACUGGACUCCAUUUCCCACGACGCGGCCAGCUGUGAGUUGCCGUUACUCACGCCAUGCAGCAAGGCGGUGAUGAGCCAGGCCCUGAAGGCCACCUUCAGCGGGUUCCACAAGGAGCAGCGCCGCCUGGGCAUCCCCACGAACCCCUGGCUGUGGACGGAGCAGCAGGUCUGCCAGUGGCUGCUCUGGGCCACCAACGAGUUCAGCCUGGUGGACGUCAACAUGCAGCGGCUGGGCAUGAGCGGCCAGGCGCUGUGCAACCUGGGCAAGGAGCGCUUCCUGGAGCUGGCUCCCGACUUCGUGGGCGACAUCCUCUGGGAGCACCUGGAACAGAUGCUCAAAGAAAACCAAGAAAAGGCAGAGGAUCCGUAUGAGGAGAACUCGCACCUCAACGCCGUGCCUCACUGGGUCAGCAGCAACUCCUUAGGCUUCAGCUCGGAGCACGCGCCGUACACGAUGCCGCCGCAGCCGCAGGCAUACCCCAAGGCCGGGCUCCUGGACAGCCUGUGUGCGCCCAGCGCGCUCCCCUCCGAGCCCGAGUUCCCCGUGCUCCCCAAGUCACGGCUGAGCACGGUCAGCGUCAGCUACUGCCCCCCCGGACAGGACUUCGCAGCCAGCAACCUCGGCCUGCUGCCCGGCGGGACCGGGAAGCCGAGGGAGCGUGAGGUGGCGGAGAGUGGCGGCGGGGACAGCUUCGAGAGCUCGGACUCGCUGCUGCAGUCCUGGAACAGCCAGUCCUCCCUGCUGGACGUCCAGCGAGUCCCCUCCUUCGAGAGCUUCGAGGACGACUGCGGGCAGUCCCUCUGUCUCAACAAACCCACCAUGUCCUUCAAGGAUUACAUCCAGGAGUGCAGCGACCCGGCGGAGCAAGGCAAACCGGUCAUACCGGCGGCCGUGCUGGCCGGCUUCACGGGCAGUGGACCCAUUCAGCUGUGGCAGUUCCUGCUGGAGCUCCUCUCGGACAAGUCCUGCCAGUCCUUCAUCAGCUGGACCGGGGACGGGUGGGAGUUCAAGCUGGCUGACCCCGAUGAGGUGGCCCGCCGGUGGGGCCGGAGGAAAAACAAGCCCAAGAUGAACUACGAGAAGCUGAGCCGCGGGCUGCGCUACUACUACGACAAGAACAUCAUCCACAAGACGUCGGGGAAGCGCUACGUGUACCGCUUCGUGUGCGACCUGCAGAACCUGCUGGGCUUCACGCCCGAGGAGCUGCACGCCAUCCUGGGCGUCCAGCCCGACACGGAGGACUGAGGCUCCGGCGGCGGCCGCCCCGGCCAGGAAGGCCGCCAGCAGCAGCAGCGGCCUGACUCCUCCUGACCUACCCGUGCUUUCCGGAGCCGCUGGCCCCGCGGGACGCCCGGCUGCAGGGUGGGGGGCAGCUGCGGCCCCCGGGGCCGGCCCCGGCCGGCGUGCGUGACCGGUGGCCUUCUGCGCUCUGGAGUUGCGGGGAAGAGGCGUCCCGGCGCGAGGGGCCCCCGGGUGCCGAGACGGUGAAGCCGUCCCAGAGGUCUUGCUUGUACAUAGUCUCGUAAUCUUGUCGUUUGAUACCAGAGUCCCCUACCCGUCCUAUUUAACAGAAAGUGUAUAUUGUAAUUUAAAGUAAUUAUAUAAUGGCGGGGCUAGAGCGCAGAGGCACGUCUGCAGACCCCCCUGUGGCCCCCCUUUGUCACACGGCCGGAAGGAGGUCCUGAGACGCUCCCGCUCGCCCCGGCUCCCCUCCCCGCUUCACCUCGAGCGAGGACUGUGUCCGUGGGGGGAUUUUUAUAAGAAAUGUAAUAUUAUUAUGGGGGGGGGCACUUCCCUCCCCCCUCUUCCCUUUCCUCGUUGAUGUAAAAGCUAUGGAACAGUAUUUUUCUUGACAAAUGGCAUCUGUUUUCCAUUUCUAUGCAUGCCUUGAAGUCGGUUUUUACACGAAACUUAUUUUUUAGUUCGACUGUGUUUGCCUGAGCCCUGCCCCGCCCUCCCCACACCAGCCCUUCCUUCCUUCCUUCCUUCUCAGAUUCCUCUAUAUGGUUAAAAUAAGAGUACUAUUUUUGGAAAUAUGUGACUCCUUUUCAGAGAUCAGGAGGGAUUUAUGUAGCAGCUAUUUUUACUGCAAAAGUAAUUCACUGGAAAAAAAUGUAAUUUGUAAGAAAGCUUUAUUUUUAUCGUGGCUCCAUGUAAAGGGAAAAAAGCAUAGCACGGGGCUGGGGGAGGGGCGGGAAUGAAUGAAUGACCGGGUCCUCGCCCUCCACGGAACCCUGAGGGUCCCGUUCUCCCAGGCCUGCGCUGUGCAGCUCAGAAGCCGGAGCAGCAGCUUCUGUCUGUCUUUUUUUGGCGGGAGGCGGCGGGGAGUCCUCGUUGUACCCCACCCCCCAGUUUUCUUGGGCAGAGGCUCAGCUCAGAGGCUCUUAGGAAAGAACACCUGCGACGCGUCGCGCAGCAAGGAUAUUCCGAUCACUGCAGAGACGCCACCGUGUGCCAGGGCACCUGGCCAGCCUGUGUUUGGGCCUUCAUUGGCGUCGCGCUGGUCUCUAGGUUGUGGAUGAACAACAGCCGGCCCCAUGGCCAGCGUCUGCACCAACGUCUCCUCCGGCCCGUGGCAAGAGCCCAGCGAGCCCCCGGUCUGUCGCAGCCCAGGGUUUGUCUCCAGCAGGACCGGUCAGUUCACUGCCGCACAUCUGUUUAUAACACCGUCGGGCCUGCCACAGGAGCAGCCGGCUGCGUCUUAGUCACCGGCUCCUUGUUUUAUGGGCACGAACCAUGUGAAGGGCCCCCAUGGUCUCUCCCCCCCCACCCCCAUGUCAGUGUCCAGUGCUGUCUGGACAACUCGGCGUCUGUGUCUGUUCGAGACCUCCGGCACGGGAGCGGGCAGAGCUUCCCUGAGACGGUUUUGUAAUUUGGCCUUUUCUUUCUCAAGUAAUAAAGUAUUUUGUUUAUAUAA